AUGUCCGAGGAACAGAAGACCACUGUGAAUGCGGAGUCCGCACAGGACGUCCAGAAUGUCCUUGCAGAGCUGAAAGAGGAGAAGCCUGCUGCCGAGACCGCCGGCCAGGAAGACGCCGACGAAGCGCGCAUUGUCGCCGAGGCCGCUAAGCUGGGCGAGAAGUCCGAGCAGUCAGACGAGAAGUCGCAGCAGCGCGAGCAGCGCCCCUACCAGCGGGGUAACAAGACCAACAACUCCAAGUUCGACCCCUCUACCCAGAAGGAGACCGACGACCCCGUUGAGAUCCGCAAGCAGGUCGAGUUCUACUUCUCCGACUCCAACCUCCCCAUGGACAAGUUCCUCUUCACCAAGGUUGGUGGCAACGCUAACAACGCCGUGCCUUUGAGCACCCUCCACUCUUUCAAGCGCAUGCGCCGCUUCCAGCCCUUCAGCGCUGUCGUUGAGGCCCUCAGAACCUCCGAGACCCUCGAUUUGGUCGAGAACGACACCGCCGUUAAGCGCAAGGUUCCUCUGCCCGAGUCCGUGACCUGCGAGCACAACACCGACGCCAUCAAGGUCUUCGAGGACAAGGCCAUGCCCCGCAGCAUCUAUGUCAAGGGCUUUGGCCGGUAUGGAUCCGAGGAGCCCACCACCCAGACCGACAUUGAGGCCUUCUUCGAGCCCUAUGGCCCCAUCAAGGCCGUCCGUCUCCGCCGCAGCUUUGACAAGACCUUCAAGGGCAGCGUCUUCGUUGAGUUUGAGGAUGAGGAGAAGCAGAAGGCUUUCCUGGCUCUCGAGAACAAGCCGCAGUGGAAGGGUGAGGACUUGAUCAUCAAGAGCAAGAAGCAGUACUGCGACGAGAAGGUGGAGGAGAUCAAGGCCGGCAAUGUGAACCCUAGCGCCAAUCGGGCUCGUGGCGGUGGCCGAGGCCGCGGUGGCCGCGGUGGUCGUGGUGGUCGGGGCCGUGGUGGCCGUGGUGGCCGUGACCGUGACAACAACCGCGACUGGCGGGAUCGUCGUAACGACGAUCAGAAGAAUGGCCUCCAGGAGAACCGGGAGGCUCGGAAAGAUUCUCGUGGUGUUCCCGUUGUUCAGAGCAGCGGCCAGAAGCGUUCUCAUGACGGCGACGCGAACGGCGACCGCGCCGCGAAGAAAGUGGAUGCUAAGGAGUAA